AUGACGGACCGAAAGACUCCGAUUCCCACCCCAAGAUCUCAAAAUUCCCUGCCAGCAUCACUACCGAAUAUAUCCCAGCUUACUAGUCAUGAAAGUAUGAGCGGUAAUCCCAUGAAAUUGAAUACUUCAAUGCUUGAGAAAAAGGAAGACUGUUAUUUAGGCGAAGAUACAACUGACUGGAAAAAUCUUUACUUGAAAUCCAGACGCCAGAGUAUGAAAAUUCGAUCUCAGCAUCAACAAGAACGAGACAGACUUAUCAAGGAGAAGUUAGCACUUCGUAGGGGUAACAGACUCCUUCAGUCCGCGUUGACCCAGUCCCGUUGCAACGCCUCGAAGGUGUUGGCUGAGAGGAAUUUUCACUUACAGUAUAAAGCAGAAGUUUGCAAAGGAUUGUCAGCGCGGACAUCGGCUGCUGACAAAGCCAAGGAGCAAAGUGACAAGUUUGCCAAAUUAGCACGUACUCAAUUGAAACAUUCAUGCGAGGAAUUGAGCAGAAAGGAUCAUAUCAUUACCAGUCUUAAGAAAGAAAGGGAGGAACUACGAAGUACUCUUCAGAAUCGGAAUAAUGAGCUUAUGGACCUGGAUCAUGUGCUUGAAGUUUUACAAGAAAAAGCGAAUGGAGCAAAUCAUCUCAUCGACGCGACAUCAAAAUCAUUGAAAAGGCAACAAGGUUGCGCAUGGAGGAACGUGUCUCGCAGAUGCUUACCGGAUCAAGUCCACUUGCGACACGAUUUGGAAUGGUAUAAGGAAUAUUACGGUACAACUCCCGAUAUUGUAUUGCAGUUCGAAAGCAGCACGGCAUUCAGAAGACUCAUUAAUAUGAGAUACGAGGUUUAUCGCUAUAAAUACAACAUUGGAAUAUUGCUGAUGUUUUUGAAGAGGGUUUUCAAAAGCUGUUGGAGAAGAUUUUGGUCAAGGCUCGGGGAACCGAAUCAAUGCAAAGCAUCCUUGUGGGAAAUACGGAUACGGAACCCAGACGCGCCUAUUUCGACCUCUGCAUUCUGUGGGAGGACGAAAUACCGCAAGAAAUAUCUGUACCUUAAUAGGAACAAUUGGGUAAUCCGAUAA